AUGACCCGCACCUCAAUAUGGCGGGCCGCCAUCACAGCAUCCCUCGCAGCACUUGCAACGGCAGAUAUUUGCGAUAAGCUCGAGGCCGAGGGGGUAACGAUCGAUAAGCGACUCACAAUCGACUACCACCAGGAUCUCAAGGACUACUGGUCCACCGCGUGUGGAGACCUAAAACCAACAUGUAUUGCCGCUCCGUCGAGCACCCUCGAGAUGUCCCAGGUCGUCAAGGAGCUACAUAACUUCAACACCUCCUUCGCGGUGAAAUCUGGAGGUCACAUGCCCAACAACGGCUUCGCCAGCAUUCAGGACGGACUGCUCAUUUCCACAAAGAACCUCGACCAGGUGAUAUACAACCCCGACGACAAGACUGCCAUUAUCGGACCUGGUUUGUCAUGGGAGGAAGCGCAGAAAGGGCUCGACGACGUGGAUGCCGGCCGAGCAGUGGUUGGAGGUCGUCUCGGCGGCGUGGGUGUGGGAGGUUACAUGCUCGGAGGUGGUUUGAGUUUCCUCAGCUCCCAAUACGGCUGGGCUGCCAACAACGUCGUUAAUUUCGAAGUCGUGCUCGCCAAUGGAACUGUCGUGAAUGCCAACGCUGAGAAUAAUGCCGACCUGUUCGGCGUCCUCAAAGGAGGCGGCAACAACUUCGGCAUAGUCACCUCGUAUACCCUGGAAACGCACCCGAUCGGCAAGGUCUGGGGUGGAAACUACAUCUUCAAAGCUUCCCAGACGGCCGAGGUGCUCGAGGCCGUGCGCGAUUUCACCGACAACUACCCCGACGACAAGGCGGCCAUCAUCGUGACGGCUGAGCAUGCCGCUCUCUUGAAUACGUGGAUCAUGUUCUUGUUCUAUGACGGACCUGAGCCUCCAGAGGGCGUCUUCGACAAGUUCAAGGCUUUGAAGCCCGCGGAUACUACCAAGACUUGGGAUAGCUACUAUGAUCUGCUGAAACACAACGACUUCUUCAUUCUGAAAGGCCAACGCUACACAAUCGCCACCGAAACUACUCCCGUCCCCAAUAAGACAGCCGGCGCAGAAGUCAUGCAGACAUACUACGACCACUGGUUCAACGUGACCAAGUCAGUUAUCGGUGUCCCUGGCGUAAUCGGCUCGCUGGCCCUCCAGCCUAUGCCUGGCGCAAUUACCAGCAAGGCCAAGGAAAGAGGCGGCGACCUUUACGACUUCCCGGACGACACCAAUUACAUUGUUAUCGAGCUCGACUUCUCUUACUCAUUCGCGGCUAGCGAUGACAAGAUUGAUGAAGCGAACAAGAGGUUGUUCAAUGGAUUCGACGAUCUCAUUUCCGAUUACGUCGAUGCGGGCGUUCUCCCUGACGCACGUAGGCCUAUCUUUUUGAACGAUGCAAACUACGCGCAGGAUUACUGGGGGAGGUCGAAAUUCACGGAUCAUGCCAGAGAGGUGAGGGAAAGGUAUGAUCCGGAGAUGUUCUUCCAGAAGAGAACUAGUGGUGGCUUUAGGCUUGGAUAG